GAAAGCGGAAAUAGGAGGAGCGUAAUUAAAACUAGUCUUUCUUUUUACAAUUCACAUUUUUCACUCGAACUGUCUACGUUUCACAUUAAGUUUCUCCAUCAAACUAAAACGAUAUAUGGAUAAAAUGAUUCAAUAUUUAAUUAAUUAACUCUUCCUGGCUAUUCAAAUUUUGUUUGCUUUCUCAUGACAUUUUGAUAUAUCUAUGACAAACCAGUUAGCUUGAGAAAAUGUCUGAUACUGCAACGGCAUUCCUGCAUAUAGGAGACAUUGUCUCUCUUUAUGCAGAAGGGAGCUCCAGCAAUGGAUUUAUGUCAACUCUCGGAUUAGUAGAUGAUCGAUGUGUAGUACAACCAAGUAGCGGUGACUUGAAUAAUCCACCAAAAAAAUUUAGAGAUUGCCUUUUUAAAAUAUGUCCUAUGAACCGUUAUUCGGCCCAAAAACAAUUUUGGAAGGCCACGAAACAACAUGCUCCCCAUACAGACGGAACAUUAUUGAAGAAACUACAGCAUGCUGCCGAUUUGGAGAAGAAACAGAAUGAAAAUGAAAACACGAAGCUAUUGGGUGAUAUUGUCCAGUAUGGGGGUGUUAUUCAGCUUCUUCACGUUAAAUCAAAUAAAUAUCUUACGGUCAACAAAAGGCUUCCGGCACUUAAGGAAAAGAAUGCAAUGAGGGUAAUGCUUGAUGCUUCUGGAAAUGAGGGAUCUUGGUUCUAUAUUGUUCCAUUCUAUAAAUUACGUAGUCCAGGCGAUAGCGUUGUUGUUGGAGAUAAAGUCAUCUUAAAUCCUGUAAAUGCUGGGCAACCUUUACACGCUAGUAAAGCGGAACUAGACGAUAACCCAGGUUGUCGCGAAGUAAAUUCAGUACAAUGCAACACAAGCUGGAAAAUUACCCUCUUUAUGAAUCAUAAGGAAAACAACGACGACUAUUUAAAAGGGGGUGACGUUGUUAGGUUAUUUCACGCCGAACAAGAAAAAUUCCUCACUGGGGACGAAUACAAGAAAAAGCAAUAUGUAUUUCUUAGGACUACAGGGCGUACUUCAGCUACAGCAGCUACGUCCUCAAAAGCUCUCUGGGAGGUAGAAGUUGUUCAAUUAGAUCCUUGUAGAGGAGGUGCCGGACAAUGGAAGUCGUUGUUCAGGUUUAAGCAUUUGGCAACUGGUCAAUAUUUGGCAGCGGAGGUGGAUAACGACGAAACACCAGAUAUUAUGCGUUCAAAGCUAAAGGCUGGUUUCCAAGUACUUCAUCUAGUAUGCGUUCCCCACGGUAAUGAUCCAGCUUCUGUCUUCGAAUUAGAUCCUACAACAAUGACAAAGCAAGAAAACUUUGUACCAAGACAAUGUCACGUUCGUUUACGGCACUACGAAACGGAGCUAUGGGUCCACAGCACUAAUUUGCAAUUGCAUUAUCAUUUCGAUAUAAAUCAGGACGGCGACAGAGCAUGUUAUAAGCUUGGAUGUGCUAGAACGAAAGAAGACAAGGAAGCUUUUGCAAUUGUUCCCGUUUCCCCUCAAGAAGUAAGGGAUUUAGAUUUUGCAAAUGACGCUUCGAAAGUUUUGCAAGCAGCUGCUAAUGAGUUGGAUAGGGGGAAUUUAAAUCAAACUCAACGUCGUUUAAUUGAACAAUUGCUGAGAGAAAUAAUAUGCUUUGUGGCCCUAUUGGAUACACAAUCAACGGUUGAUCCAUUAGAAGUUGUGAUCAUUAAACCUGACAGGGAACGCCCAAAGCUAUUGAGAGAACAAAAUGUUUUGAAGCAACUUUUUAGGAUUCUUCAAGCUCCAUUUCAGGGUGAUAAUCCACAAUUUCGUUUAGAAGAUUUAAAAGGAAAUAAACACGCUGGCUAUAAAUAUAUAUGUAAAUUAUGCUAUCGAAUACUUAAACUAUCACAACAAAGUUAUCGAAAAAAUCAGGAAUAUAUCGCAAAACAUUUCGCCUUUAUGCAAAAGCAGAUUGGUUAUGACAUCUUAGCAGAAGAUACAAUAACCGCCUUGUUACAUAACAACAGAAAAUUACUAGAAAAACAUAUAAAUGAAUCAGAAAUAGAAACUUUUGUAAGCUUAGUUAGGGAAAAUGGAGAAUCUAGAUUUCUUGAUUACCUAUCGGAUUUGUGCGUCUCCAACAAUGUAGCCAUUGCUCGUACACAAGAAUUAAUUUGCAACUGUGCUAGAGAAAAAACCGAAAUUUUGCAAACUGAAUAUGAGAAUGGUGUUGAAAAAAGAGUAUUUGAGUCAGAAGGAAAAAUUGAACAAAUUUAUAUAAAGAUUACGAAUAGGGAAGAUCCCACUGGACCGAGAACAAAUCUAUUGCUACAUGAAGUUGCUGAUGUUGUGAAAGGUGGCAUUUUAAGAUAUCCGAAUACAUUCGAAAAGCAAAAGAAGCUAUUAGAUUAUUAUCAGCAUCAGCUAGACUUGUUCGCCAAUAUGUGUAUGGAUCGUCAGUACCUGGCUAUAAAUAAUAUUCAAUUUAAAAUCGAAUUAAUGCUAAGAUGUAUUGCUGAUGAAGAGUUCCCGGAUGACUUACGAGCUUCGUUUUGCCGUCUAUUCAUUCAUAUGCACGUUGACAGAGAUCCACAAGAGACUGUUACCCCAGUUAAAUAUGCACGUCUUUGGGAUGAUAUUCCGACAACUAUAUCAAUUGACAAUUAUGAAAAAGGUAAAGCUAAAGAGAAAUGUGAAGAACGAAAGAAAUUUCAAAAAACAAUUAAAUUCGUUGAGGAAUAUUUGACAAACGUUGCUGUGUCUGCAAAAUCUUUAUCAAGUAUGGACAGUGGCAAUAAUUCUUUAACUUUAGAAGUUGUAAAAUUAGCUAGACAUCUUAUAUAUUUUGGAUUCUACUCUUUUAAUGAAUUAUUAAAUUUAACAAAAACACUUCUUUCAAUUUUGGAUUGCGUAACUAAUAGUACUGCUCCUACUGCUCAAGUUGAUGUUAAUUCCUUAGCUAUGAUGAAACCUGGUUUACAUAAUAUAGCUAGUGUACUAGCUCAAGCGCAAAAAACGGUUCAGAAAUCUGACGAAGAAGACGUUAUUGUAAUGAAUACUAAACUGAAAAUAAUAGAGAUCCUACAGUUUAUAUUGAAUGUUCGAUUGGACUUUCGAAUUUCCUGUAUUCUAUCGGUCUUCAAACGAGAUCACCGAGCCGGAAACGGUUUGGAUUUGGAGAGUAUAGCCGCACAAGCCGAAGAUAUAUUUGGCGGAAGUGACUACAGUGCGGAAUUGGAUCUUGAUCGACAAGGGGGUAGAAUGUUUUUGAGGGUUCUACUCAAUUUGGUUAUGCACAAUUACCCACCGUUAGUCUCUGGGGCUCUACAGUUGCUCUUUAGACAUUUUUCUCAAAGGCAAGAAGUUCUUUUAGCGUUCGAACAAGUUCAAUUAUUAGUUCAGGCCGACGACGUCGAGAAUUAUAAAGUUAUAAAAUCAAAUCUUGAUCAACUAAGAAUUUUGGUUGAGAAAUCUGAAUUAUGGGUAUAUAAAUCCAGCAAAAAGAAAAAGAAAUCUGAUAGUUCGAAGGAUGAGAAGAAAAAGGAGAAGAAGAGACCGUUAGAUAUAAUUACACCUACUUUGGGGAUGUCUCAUAUCGAUUUGAAUCAUGGUCCAAAAAUUGAUUCUACAGCUGCCGAAAAUUAUAAGUCAAUUCAGGAGAUAUUAAAGACAUUUAUAGCCUUAUGUUAUAAUGAUGCAACAGCAGCCCCUAAAGUAUACGAACAGCGUUUGCUAAGGAAUAUGAACGCUCAUGAAGUUGUUUUGGAACUUUUGCAAAUACCGUACGAAAAAAGCGAAGAUCAUAGAAUGAUUGAAAUUAUGCAAAAGGCGCAUGAAUUUUUACAAAAAUUCUGCCUGAGCAAUGCCCCAAAUCAACAGCUAUUAUUUGGAAGUUUAGAGUUAUUUUUAACGCCAGGUUUAUUGGAAGCUCAAACAGCUAAAGCAAUAUUUAAAGAUAAUCCAACUCUAUGUAACGAAGUAUCGGAGAAGGUUGUUAAUCAUUUUGUCCAUUGUAUUGAAACGAAUGGAACUUACGUUGAAUAUCUACAUUUUUUACAAACAAUUGUCAAAUGUGACAAACAAUAUAUAAGGAAAGCGCAGACGGCAGUAAUGGCAGAGCGCAACGCUGAAGUGAUAUAUAAUCGAAAAGCUCAAGAUCUAGUUAUGGCUUCCCUGAUUAAUGUUGGGGAAGAUGUAUUAGUUUUCUAUAAUGAACAAAAUUUUGGCAAGUUGGUCACGCUGAUGGAAGAACAAAAGAAUAAACUACUCGAUCAUAGAUCACCAUUAAAUUAUCAUAUUAACUUGGUGAAAUUGCUGUCUUGCUGUACAGAGGGGAAGAAUGUUUAUACCGAAAUCAAAUGUCAAUCUCUUCUUCCUCUAGAGGAUAUCGUCAGAGUUGUAUGUCACGAUACUUGCCUGGUUGCCGUUAAAGAAGCCUAUAUUAACUUUCUAAAUCAUUGUUAUGUUGACACCGAAAUGGAAGCAAAAGAUAUAUACAGUUCAAACUAUAUGUGGCAAUUGUUUGAGAAUUUCAUUGAAGAUAUGAAUAAAGUUUUGAAGAUUGCUGCAAUGGAUUCGUCAAAAAAAACCCCGGAAGAUAUAGAGAUGGAAAAUUAUGUUACAUUCACAGUAACAAGCGUCAUAACGACGUUCUUUUCGUCGAAAUUCGCUGAGCAAGUUCAAACAAGACAGGGAAUAUUUGCGCAUUUAUUAGAGACGGCUUUUGACAUAUUACAAUUACAUUUAGGAUCUUUGGAACAAUCGCAACUAAGUGAAACAAAGAAAUGUGUUGAAUUGUUGUAUCAAGUAGGCAAAGAUAGACAUAUAGCAGUAAAUCCUGACCUUCAAGCUCGUAUUGAAAAAACCUUAAAAAAACCAACUAAAGCUAUCAAAUUAGCAGCAGAUAAAUUUGCAAGAAAGAUAAAAAGCAAAAUGGAACAAAAUUUAAAACUAUCUCAGAGUAAUCGAUCAAUUCUGGAAGGUUUACAAGAUAUUGUUAGUCUACUAAGUGAUCAACUGAAACCUCUUGUGCAAGCCGAACUUUCAGUCCUAGUAGAUGUUUUACAUCAUCCAGAACUACUGUUUCCCGCUGGUACUGAUAGCAGAAAGAAGUGCGAAAGUGGUGGUUUCAUAUCCAGAUUAAUUAAACACACGGAACAAUUGUUGGAUGAAAAAGAAGAGAAACUAUGUAUAAAAGUUCUGCAAACUUUAAAAGAUAUGAUGACAGUUGAUAUAGACUACGGAGAAAAGAUUGAUUUGUGGAACAAAAUUGGUUGGGAAUCUGGUAUGCAAUUCUCGGAAUUAGGGAGACAAAGAGGUGAAGCUCUUAGACAGUCUCUCCUUACACGCUAUUAUGAAGGAUUUGGACAGUCGCGUAGAAGGAGUAGUAUAUCUUUUACUGCAGACAGAAUUAAGCCAAAUGUCAUUUCUAGGGCAGAAAUGACUCUUCACCAUGUCCAGUGCCAUUUAGAUCGGGAAGGAGCUACUGAUCUUGUUGUUGAUUUAAUUAUAAGUGACCAUUCCCACCGAAUCUUCUUAGAAACAAUUGAACUUGGAAUAGCCUUAUUGGAAGGUGGUAAUAGAGAUAUUCAAAAAUCCUUAUUGAAGAGAUUACAAAAUGAUAAGAAUUCGGAAAAGUUUUUCAAGGUUUUCUUUGAUAGAAUGCAAUUGGCUCAACAAGAAAUUAAAUCCACUUCUAAUGUUGGAACAUCCGAUGGCCUUGGCGAACAAAAGGAUGAAGAAAAGGAUGUCACACAACAAAUACACCAGUACAAACAGACGAAUGGGAGUAUAAUGAGCCAUAAUAUGAAAGAGGAAAUGAAUGAAGCUGCCGUUAGCACUAGUAAAGCUAUUCUUACAGUUAGAAAGCAGAGGCUAGAUACCCUAGCUACCGGCAGUCCGGAUGAACUUCAAACGGACGAUGGUUUGGAUAAAGACAAACACAGGGAUGAAAAAAAAAUGUCUGCAGAUAUUCUAGUAAUGCAACCAAUACUAAGAUUUCUGCAGUUGUGUUGUGAAAAUCAUAACUUAGAGCUUCAAAAUUUCUUAAGAAUUCAAAAUAACAAAAAUAAUUAUAACUUAGUUUGUGAAUCUUUACAAUUUCUUGAUUGUAUUUGUGGAUCUACCACUGGAGGAUUAGGCCUUUUAGGUUUAUAUAUUAAUGAGGAAAAUGUUGACUUGAUUAAUCAAACAUUAGAAACCUUAACGGAAUAUUGUCAAGGACCAUGUCAUGAAAACCAAGAUGCUAUUGCUAGACACGAAUCAAAUGGUAUUGAUAUCAUAAUUGCCUUAAUAUUAAAUGAUAUAAAUCCUCUUGGUAAAAAGAGAAUUGAUUUGGUAUUGAAGUUGAAGAACAACGCGUCCAAAUUGUUACUUGCCAUAAUGGAGAGUCGUUACGAAGGGGAAAACGCUGAAAGAAUACUAUAUAACAUGAGCCCUAAACAAUUAGUUGACGUUGCCGUGAAAGCCUAUAAUCAAUACGAACAGUUGGAAGAAGAAGAUUGUUUAGAAGACGACGACGAUGAUGAUCAAAUUAAUCCUAGAGAUGUUGGUCAUAAUAUUUAUAUUUUGGCUCAUCAAUUAGCCCAUCAUAAUAAAGAGUUGGCAGCUCUCUUAAAGAAUCCUGAUCCUCCAAAUCCGGCUCUAACCUAUUACGCAAAGCACACCGGGCAAAUUGAAAUUGUAAGGCACGAUAGAACUCUGGAACAGAUUGUCUUCCCCAUACCUGAAAUUUGCGAAUACCUUACAGCAGAAACAAAAGUAAAACUUUAUCAAACAGCCGAAAGGGAUGAUCAAGGUAGUAAGGUAACUGACUUUUUUGAGAGACAUACAACUUUGUUUGAUGAAAUGAAAUGGCAAAAGAAAUUACGUUCAAAUCCAGUAUUAUUUUGGGUAUCUUCCCAUAUGAGACUUUGGAGUGGAAUAAGUUUCAACUUGGCCAUACUCUGCAACUUAAUUGUAGCCCUGUUUUAUCCCUUCUCUUCUGGACCAGGAACUUUAGAUAGAAGAUUAUCGGGUCUGAUAUGGAUGGCUAUGAUUGUGUCAUUGGUUGUCGUUAUAAGUACAUCAAAAACUAUUGGUUAUCGGACAUUGGUUGCUUCUGUAAUAUUACGGCUUAUAUUUUCGAUUGGUCUUUCGACAACUUUAUUAAUAAUUGGUUCCUUACACGUUCUGAAUAGUACUAUAUUUAUGAUUGCUCUGAUGGGUAAUAGUGGAACAUUUACGAAAAGUUUCAGAGAAAUAUUAACCGACUUCGAGUUUGUCUACCAUAUCGGCUAUAUAAGCAUUUCACUUAGUGGAACUUUCUUUCAUCCUUUCUUCUUUUCACUCCUCUUGCUAGAUGUUGUAUAUCGUGAAGAGACGCUAGUAAAUGUCAUAAGGAGUGUUACAAAAAAUGGUCGCUCUAUCCUCUUGACAGCAGUACUUGCUGUUAUUCUGAUAUAUUUGUUCUCGAUAAUCGGCUUUAUAUUCUUCCAAGAUGAUUUCCUUAUGGAGGUUGCUCCCCUGGAGCCGAUCGUAAACACUGACUUGGUUAAAAAUGCUGCUAAAAUGGCGACGAACCUCGGGCAAACUGAAAGUUGCUCGUCUGAGAAAGAGUGUAAUAUGACAUCGACAGAAGCAAGCUUAUACGGAGUCGAAGAUGAUAGCGAAGUUCGAGAAAGGCAUUGCGAUUCGUUGAUUAUGUGUAUUGUAACCACUCUAAACGAAGGUUUACGUAACGGGGGCGGCAUUGGUGACAUUUUAAGAAAACCUAGUCAAAAGGAAUCCCUCUUCAUAUUCCGAGUUAUCUACGAUCUUCUCUUCUAUUUUAUAUUAAUCAUCAUCGUUCUCAACCUUAUCUUUGGAGUGAUCAUCGAUACGUUUGCCGAUUUGAGAACAGAGAAGCAGAAUAAAGAAGAAAUUCUUAAGAAUACUUGUUUUAUUUGUGGUUUGGAUCGUUCAUCAUUCGAUAAUAAGUCGAUUUCUUUCGAGGAACAUUGUAAAUCGGAACAUAACAUGUGGCACUAUUUGUACUUCAUUGUUUUGAUUAAAGUAAAAGAUCCAACCGAGUAUACUGGACCAGAGAGUUUUGUGCACUCUAUGAUAGCCGAAAAGAAUCUAGAUUGGUUUCCACGCAUGCGUGCCAUGUCAUUAGCGGCAGAUGAAGGUGAAUCAGAGCAAAAUGAGUUGAGAAAUUUACAAACAGCAUUGGACGACACUAAAGAUUUAGUAAAACAGCUUUGCUCUCAACUGAACGAACUGAAAGAUCAGAUGAUGGAACAAAGAAAGCAGAAGCAGAGGUUUAAUCUUAUGCAGCCAUCAAUGAAUCCUCUUUUGCCUACCCCAAACACUUUAGAUAACGCGCAAUAA